UCCUGAGAGGCAUCCUUGGAUAAAACGUCGGUCAGUGUCGUUUCACCACUCGCAACGAAUGGUAUCAUUUGUCAUUAAUCUACUAAUCUACUAUUUCACUGGAUUAUCAACACAUCGCAGUGCAAUAUCAAUAAAUCUGACGUUUGUGAACAAUAAUGGUGGAAUAGUGCUCUGUGAGACUGAGAUAAGUCAUUGAUAAUAAGUGAUUGAGAUGAUUGAUAAUUGGGAGAAACACGUGACAAGUGCUGAGUGAAUAUAUAUCUAACUCUAAUUAUCCAGUCCUACUUGCUCUGUGUUCACUGCUCUUAGGAUUUUGGGACUGAUAUACGAGUCUUCUCUCGACUUGGGAAUCCGGUGGAGAGAAAGAGGAUCAUAACUAGAAAUCACUGUCAACUUGGUUUCCACUCAUGACGGUGUUGAGUUGAUCACAAGUGGAGUUGAGAGGAACCAGACGGGAUGGCGACGACUAUUCCAGUUAUCUUUUUUAUCACUGUCCUAUUCGCUGCGGAAACUACAUCACGAAUUGUUCAUCUCGAUACAUUCAAUGAGGAUGUAACACUGCAGGAAGGUGAAAAACUAGUUUUGCGCUGUCUAGCGACAUAUAAAAAUGAAAAUGUCACAUGGUUCAGGGAUGAGACUCCAAUACGCGGGGUUUCCUCGAGAAUUCGAGUUCUCAACAGUCAACAGUCGUUGAGAAUCAAAUAUGUGGAAAUGAUGGACGAGGGUAAUUAUGGAUGUAGAAUGCAGAGUAGAGACUCGUUAAAGUGGAGAAACGUCACAGUUAGAGUUGAGGGUGCACAGAAUGAUGGAUAUCAGAGCGAGAGUACGGGACUUGGCAAUGUCAUGGGUGCCCUCAGGCCAGAAGAAGAAACCAAUGAGCUUGAUAUUGGUGCCAGAAACCUACCAGAAACACGUUCCCUCCACUUGGAGACUGACCUAGACAACGAUAAAUCCGAGACUGAAAAUGCAGGAGAUCAUAAUGCAACGGUUCCCGAGAGUCCUCCAACUUUUAACAAAUCCGAUGAAUUGCAUCAGUCAGUGGUGAAACCCGCUGGAAAUAUGCUGAAACUGCGUUGUUCAAGUGUUGGUAAUCCCAGACCCAACAUAACUUGGCUGAAGAACCAUGAAGAACCAUCGCGAAGUGUUGGUCCCAUUUUCACCUCAAAGUGGACCUUGAGAAUUGAAGAUCUCGUCGUUGAUGAUGGUGGAAACUACACGUGCAUCGUCUGCAAUCAUCUGGGGUGCAUCAAUCACACCUUCAAGGUCGACAUCAUAGAGCGCUUCCCACAUAAGCCGUACAUCAACGAGGGCUUCCCGAAGAACGAAACAGUUGUAUUCUUCAGCAACGUUACAUUCAGAUGUCCAAUAGUCUCGGACCUUGAGCCGUUCAUUCAGUGGUUCAAAGUCGAUGAUUAUCCGAAUGACAAUGGUGCACCACCAAAUGGAACAAUUCUACAGGCUGGAGAUGCAGUGGAGAAUCCAGAGACUCUGACACUAUACAAUGUCACGGAGAAAGACGAGGGCUGGUAUACUUGCAUCGCGCAAAAUACACUUGGAGAAACGUUUAGCAAUGCAUAUUUAUCUGUCGUUGAGAGUAUCGAACCUCCUCGAGUUCCAAUGACAGCUCGACCACCGGCUCUCGCUGUGAAUAUUCUCGCUGCAGUUCUCUUUGUACUCUUUGCCAUCGGUGUUGUCGUGGUAAUUUACGUAUUCCAGCGUCUGAAACGGGAGAAGAUGAAGAAACUGUUGGCCAUCGAGACUGCAAGAGCCGCGGUAGUCACUCAGUGGACGAAAAAAGUUAUCGUAGAAAAGCAGAAUUUAGUGAAUGCACAGAAUGUGCAGGAGCUGCAGCUAAUGCCUAUAGUCAAGAUCGAAAAGCAAAAAUCCACAAUGACAACUGAGGACAGCAAUGGAGGGAGUAUUUCAGAGUAUGAAUUACCCCUGGACAGUGCAUGGGAAUUGCCUAGGGAGCAUCUGAGAUUGGGAAAAUCUCUGGGUGAGGGUGCUUUUGGAAAAGUUGUCAUUGCUGAAACUAAAACUGGAAAACCGGGAAUUCCAAAUGUAGUUGCAGUGAAGAUGUUGAAAGAGGGUCACACAGAUGCGGAAAUGAUGGAUCUUGUAUCUGAAAUGGAGCUAAUGAAGAUGAUAGGAAAGCACGGCAACAUAAUAAAUUUCGUGGGUGCAUGCACCCAAGGGGGGCCUCUCUACGUCGUCGUUGAAUUUGCAUUGCACGGAAAUCUCCGGGACUUCCUGAGAAAACACCGACCAUCAUCAGGCUAUGAGCCAACGAUAGGAGAGAUGCCACCAGAGAGGAAAAUCCUCACCCAAAAGGAUCUCGUGUCGUUUGCUUUCCAAGUCGCCAGAGGAAUGGACUAUUUAUCGAGCAAGAGAUGCAUCCACAGGGAUUUGGCUGCGAGAAAUGUUCUCGUUGGAGAGGACUACGUCCUAAAAAUUGCUGACUUUGGACUUGCUAGGGAUAUCCACUGUCACGAUUACUACAGGAAAACUACUGAUGGUAGAUUGCCGGUCAAAUGGAUGGCGCCCGAAGCACUUUUCGAUCGAGUUUCUACCACUCAGUCCGACGUAUGGUCGUACGGAAUCCUGCUGUGGGAAAUAAUGACGCUUGGGGCUACACCGUACCCAUGCAUAUCGGCAGUUGAAGAAUUAUUACAAUGGCUCAAAAGUGGCCGUAGAAUGGAAAUUCCCCCUUGCUGCUCUCUCAAUAUUUACAUGUUAAUGCGAGACUGUUGGAGUUAUCUCCCCGAAGAAAGGCCUGAUUUCGAAGCAAUUGUCGAUCGCCUUGAUAAAAUCCUCGCUCAAACAUCGAAUCAAGAAUACCUGGACCUUGGACUACCGCAGUUGGAUACACCGCCAUCCAGUGCGGAAUCCAAUCUACCCGAUGAUGACGAUGACGACGAUGGCCAAGAGCGGUUCCCGUACCUGUUGAAAAAUUCAAUGUAAAAAUAAUAAAUGAAAACAUAAGCGACUGUCGAAAGCGCGUGUAUAUGUGUGCAUGAUGUACGGAGAAAUAUUCUUGGUAAUGAAUAGUAGUGGUAACUAUGAGGGGCAAGUAUGAAUGAUUAUCGACUGGCGCAAAUGAACACGCCAAAUAUUAUGAAUCAGUAUUGACAAGUAGCGCAUAUUUCAGUGUAUUGUUUUAUUGAGGUGAACUCAAGAAAUUUGCGAUUAAUUGAGGAUGUUAUGAGGAUUUCGUUCGUGAGCUCUUUCAAAUUUUUGACGAAGGAUUUAAUGUUUUCUUCGCUUGUAGAACUAAUUAAUUAAUGAGAAUUACUGGUAAAAAAGAACAACAGCGAUUGGUAACAACAAACAAUACGACUGCUGGAUUUUCCUUGUUCAUUUUCUCGAUGUAAGUUGCAAUUUCAGUAGAAUCACUCGUAUAUCGUUCUUUACCAUAGAGAGGAAGUAUUUUGACAAUCCAUAGCAUACCCAUGACAUCUUUCGGAUAAGAAAGUUGAAUUUAUAUUGUAAAUUGUUGGAGAGAUGUGCCAUCAACGGAGUGCCUUUUAUCUAGCGGGACAAUAUAUUUAAAUUAUAUUUUGGAAGGCAUUUAGACAACUUUUCAUCUCGAAAAUGUAUAAUCGUUCGUUUGUCGAAUUUUGGUGUCAAAUAACAACAAUUUGUUGUGUUUAUAACUAGUCAAUUUUUACAUUGUUUUACGUCAUCUUUUUUUAUAGAAAAUAAAUGUUUAAUUCAGUAGUGAAGUGGGGGGUUUGAUGAAAAAAGGCAUAAAGCUUUGGAAUUGUUUUGUGAGGUUUUACUACGGAAUUCAUUUCGGAUAACACUUUGCAAUGUUUUUUGUGAAUGAUAACUUUUCGAUGACUUUUUAAUUACCCGACGGGGAAAUUUAUUGAAAAUUAUUUAUGUGAAGACAUUCAAGGGAUUCGAUCAUCUCGGUCUCGGAAAUCUCACGCAAUCAUUGAACUGUAUAAAUUAACGUUAAUCCCAGUAAUGUAGAAAUUAAAUAAUUUAUUCACUGUAAAUUGUCCAUUGAAAUUCUUAUACAUCAUGUUUUUUACGGUAACGCAAGUAGAAAAUGAUUCAGUGUCAAUAAUUAUUCCUAAGCUUAGGUGUUAGUGCAAAUUGUAUAAAAUAUUUAAGUUUGAUAAUGAAUUGAUGGAGAUUUAAAUGAAAAUUUGUAUAUAGGGAUUCAUGAAUUAUUUAAACAGUUAUUAGCACUUUACGAAACACAGUAUGUUAGACAGUAUAUCAGCAUUUAUGCAAAGGAGAGGGAGUUUAUUAAGGUGUACGUAGUAUGUGUAAUGUUGUAUUGGAAAUCACAAAGUUCAAUAAACAUCUAAAUCAUA